AUGCCGAAUCUACUGGAAAAAGAGCAUUUCAAGCUCCGAAAGCACACCCGCUACCUGACAAUCCACCGAGUCGUUGAGCAGAAAAGUUGGCAUCAACUUGCCUACGAGGACCGGCUCCGGCGGGAAAGCCGAAAAAUCCCAAAAAUCUGUCGUAAACAAUUCCUAAAAUGGCACGUUGAGCAACAGGAGGCCAAGAAAAAAUUCCGGCGGCUCCGCGAAAAAAAUCGCGAUGAGAGCAUUUAUGUGGCCAAGUUAUGGUACUACGUGCUCAAGAAGCAUCCAUUGAAGCCACGUGUUGAAUGGAGUUUUCAGAGGGUUCAUAAGUUGAGCCCGAAAAACGAGAGAAUUGCUCAAGAACUGGAGGAGCUCAUGGAUUGUGCGGAAAGAUACGCGUUGAUAGAAAACGUGGCAGAUGGGUAUCAGAAAAGAGUAAAAGAUGAGCUCGCAAGGUUGAAUAAAAUCGAAAAAUACCAUCAUCACGUCAAAAACAACCGUGAAAUUCUUCUUCGAUCCCAGUCAUUAGCCGCAAUGAAAAUUCGCAUAUUUUUCGAAAAUCGAAAAGGAUUAAUAUUCGAAGUCAACGAGCUAAUUGACCCGGAAGUCGGAAAUAUUCCAAUCAAAAAAUUCCGAGAGGUUACUCUGACGAAGGUCCUGGAAUUCUCACAGGAAAUCAAUAUGAAGUUGCUCAAAAAGAAUUGGAGGGAUGAGAAAAAACGAAAUAUUGUUCAAAAUUGUAUUGUUCAAGAGACGACAAACGCGGCUUUUGGCACAAUUCAGGCAUAUUUGAAGACCUUAAGGAAUAAGCCGGCGUUUCUCUCCAUCGACUGUAUGAUUGUGGACCGUAAGCUAUGGGUGAAUUCGGAGCAAAUCCGACUUUUGCUCAAAGAGCCCAUAAGUGUCAUGUGUGCUCUAGAGAAUGUCCGCAUGUCGACUGAAGAUUGUGAGACGUGGCAAGAAGAGGCAAUGAUAUGUGUGGAGGUGUUGUCUCAUGAGCUUAUUGUGCAUCAUCCUUUUAUACAGCCCUAUGCGUUUUUGAUCGAUGAUUAUAAGGUCUCCCCAAAGCUCACCGAAGAAGAGCUAAUCAAAAUGUACGACGACUCCACUCAUCUUCAAAUUAGGCUCACCAAAGCCGUCAAACUUCUCACCAUCCGAUGUUUUGUGCUUCGUCUGGAAAGUGUCUGGUCAGAGGUGGACCGUCGGAUCCGGAGCUUCAGAAAUCAACUGAAAAUGGCUAUUCGCAGAAAGUUUACGACGCUCUUGAACAAGUUGCUCCACGACUUUCGAAAAUACGACAGAGCCCUGCAAUACCGGUCCAUAGACCCGUCCAUGAUGCUGAGCAACAAGGCACAGGUGGACUUGAUGCUCCAAAAUGAGAUCGGAGACAGUGUCAGGCAGUUCGUGGAGGUUUAUGAUAAAGUUUUCGAGAUCACCCAGCACAUUUCUCUGGACACCUCCCAGCUGGAUACACUACUUCAGCUUGCCUCUCUCCGGCUUUCUCUUCCCCAGUGCAUCAACGACCACGCUCACUUCUUCCAGAAACGGAUUUCUACGUUUUUGCAUUUUGUGACAAAAAAACAGUCAAAAGUAAUGUCAAAUGUACAAAAAGCCAUGGAAAAGCUGAAAAUCGUCCAAACAAUGGGUAACCCCCAGGAAGUGGACAACUACCUGACACAAAUGGCCAAGUUAAGGCCUAUGUUGGACAACUUGAUUACGGAAAUUGAAGACCUGAACAAGUUCGAGACAGCGGUCGAUAUUCAGGUGUCGGAUGUGACAAAAAUGAGACAUUUCGUAGGAGAAAUCGGGUCACUCCAGAGUCUUUUUGAGGCGACCAGUGGGUAUUAUAAGCAUGUUAACGCAUUUUUCGAGUCUCGUCGGACGCUGGUGAACAUUGAUGCUAGCCGAAACUUCAUCGAUCAGUUCACAAUUCAAUUAUCGAUUUUUGAGAGCUCUCUGACAACUCAUAGAGCCGCCAAGCAUUUUAUUGCAUAUGCCAGAAAUGAAGUGGACGCCUUCAAGAAAAAUUUCGCGGUAGCCGAGGUUAUGUCGUGUAGGAGGCUUCUGGAUGCUCACUGGUUGAGGAUGUCAGAGAUUGUUGGCUUCGACCUAACUCCAUAUGCCAAUAGCUCCAUCGCCCAAAUCUGUGAGCUGGGCCUUGAAGCCCAUCUCCAGCAGCUCAAGCCAAUUGCAUUCUCUGCGGAACGUGAAGCCACCGCAGCCGAUCAGCUUCACGCGAUUGUCACAUUUUGGAGUCAAGAACCUCUUGAAAUGCGGUGCUAUGUCCAAUGGAAGCUCUCGUUGGCGUUGAAGCUCAGCGAGCUGCACCAUCGAGUUCAAAACGAUAUAAACACAUUGAAACAUAUGACCAACGUUGAACAGAUCACUGAUGAUUCUUUGCCGCAAUGGAUAGAGUGGACCGCCCGUGCCGAGAAGAUCCUCAAGGCUUGGUGUGAAACUCAACAGAAAUGGAUGAGGGUCGCCAAUAUUUUUGUGACAUGCCGGGAUACCUUGCAGAAAGAAUACGAAUUACUGCGGACCUGCGCGAAAUAUUUCAUAAAAAUCGAGCGGAACGUUCUAAAAGACGAAACAAUCUAUCGAGUAAUGCAACUUCCACACCUUCCUUGCUGGAUCCAAAAAAUCAAUUCAAUGGUUUCAAUAAUAAUUCAAGGUGUUCGUGGACUUCUAGACGGUAUGCGAAUGAACAAUGCUCGGCUGUGCCUCUCAUCAGAAGUUCAUUUGUUGAACCUUUUCUCAACAACUUCUAUAGAAACCCGUUUGAAAUUGCUUCUAAAAGACUGCUUCCCAUCUCUCAGACGGCUUUGUUUCAACCGGAGAAAUCAGCUGGAAAUGGUGGAUCUUUUGGAGGAAAAGGUUACUGUAGACCUCACAAAGUCAGAAAUCGAAUCACAGGAGCCGUGUGAGCUUAUUCGGAGCAUCGAACAAGCUUUUGCAUCAAAGUUGACAGAUAUUAUCACCUACGAGCGACAGGAUCGAUCGAAAGCGGCGAGCCGCGUUGGAGCAAAUGUGGCGGAGCUCAUCGAGACCCGGCAGACACUGGAUCCUUUGUUUUUGAGCAGAGUGGAAAAAACCUACUACAUCCAGCACAGAAGCGUUCAACGGCAGUCCCUGCUCACAGUUGAUUUCGUAUAUUCUACUGAAAUUAAUCGUUUCAUCCCUAGGUCUCUUGCUGACUCCUGGAGCAGUGGGCAUAUUGUGCUCUUGAUUGGAGAAAUGUGCUCAACGCGGUCAUUUGUGCUCAGGCUCGCCAAUUGUAUGUGCUCCAACUUACGGAUAGUAAAUUCCCACCAGCUCCUGGAGCCGGCGUUUUUGGAGCGAGUCACCAAGGGUAUUGCGAUGUCGAGCUGGUUUGUGCUGCUGGAAAACGUUGAUCUAUUGGACUCUCAGUUGAUCUUCAAGCUUUUCAAAAUCCUUGCAAGCCAGGUAACAUCCUUUCCAAGGCUAUUCCUGUCGUCUACUGAUGAGAUCAAGAAUCAACUGCCCACUAACAUUGCAGUCGAGCAUCUCGGAGUAUUUCACGAAUUUGUUGAAGUUUCUCCGGCGUUUAAGUUUGAGACAAGCCCCUUGUCGAGUGUAAGAACCUCUUCAAUCCCGAAACUUCCGGCUCAACUGGUUUCCACUGGUCAGCCACCAUCUUCACCGCAUUCAGUGCUCUUGGAGAAGAUUGGAGCCAAGAUUCGCAAUCGGGAAAUAUCCGGGUGCGUUGGCUCAUUGGCAAAAGAGACCCUGAAAGAAACCCUCCAAAACUUCCCGGAGAAAAUAAUUUGGGUCUACACAGAUGUCUUCGUCCGAGACCAGAUGGUCACUCGAUCCGACGAGUUUGCAGCUACCCAAUCAGGAAUCCUUUUCGAAGUUCUGUCACCUGCCACCACCGGAAAUGGGGGAUCCGACAGCGAGCGGAGCUAUCACUCCACAAUUUCCACUAGCUCUGUAACCAUCAACACUAUCGUGGUGUUCUACGGAUUCUCCGAGUUCUGGAACAUUUUUCCGUUUAUUUCACCGUUAUUCCUCAAGAAAGAUGGAUACUCUGCUCAAACACCACCGUUUCUCACUUUGGAUGAUGGAAGUACUUACUGGCCGCAGGAAAAUGUGCAAUUUUUGAUGUGUAUACCGGAUGAGGAGGGAUUUCAUUUGAACACUGUGAAAAAGUUUGAUAUCCCGUUCCAUGUGGUUAAUGAGAACUUGAAAAUGGAUGUGGCAAGGAGCUGGCGGAAGGUUUGGCACAAGAAGUACACCGAGCUAUUUAAUAAAAUCUCGCUUGUGGAAAUAAUGGACGAACUUGUGGAUCGCAUUCUUUCACCAAUGGCUUCCCAUUUCAAAUCCACGUUUCUCUGGCCCUCCACUCUAUUUCAAGUCAUUUAUCAUGACCUUACCGAGGUUAUUCCGACUUCUCGUAUCACGUCAGUAAAUGAUACGCUACGGAUUACUGUAGUAUUGGCGACUGCAAAUUUUAUAUCAAUUUUUGCCGAUGAUCAGGGAAAAGUGGAAAAGUACAUGGGACGAGCUCUUGGAGCAAUUCGAGAGAAGCUGUCCAUUCAGAUGCCUGAUGAUAUUUGUAAUUGGAAGAUUUCUUAUCAAGACGCCACAAAACUUGUCAGAUGGGAGGACGAGCCAUUUUGUCAGAGCUCUAUUGAUAAGGACAGUGCAAUUGGAAAUAUUAUGAUAGUCACACCAAACAUGGAUCGCCUUCUGUUCUACAGCAUCCGCCUUCUAGCUUCAGGCCACAAUAUUCUCGUCCACGGCCCUCCGUACUCCAGGAAAACCAUGUUUGUUAAGAUGAUCUCCAAGUUUUUAAGCUCAACGGUUGGAGAUUUAACUGUAGAGUUUUUAUGGCUGGAUGGAAAGUCACGUGUUGGAAAUGACGUGGCUCAGAAGAAGUUUGCAGAUGUCGUGGGCACCUGUGAGCGGGCUCAUCAGAGCAAACAAUUGUACAUAGUAAUCGACCGCUUCUCAUUCACGGAGCCUCUUCUCCCGAUCAUUGAGUUCUUCGUCGAUCACAAGACCUACUGGAAGGACGGGAAACUCUGCAAUUCUGAUGCUCAAAUCCGAAUGAUUAUAAUAACUGACGAGGAAGAUUACGCGUGGCUUCACAAGACAAAGGCAUUGGCUUCAACUUUUGUUGGGAUUGCGAUGCCUGCGUCGACUAAGUUUAAGGAUCAGAAACCAUUGGUGCAGAGUUUGAUCGCCGCGAAUUUUACAGCAAAAUCAUUCAGCUCCGAGUAUCAUCACAUUCUGGAGUCAUUCUCGUCGUGUAUUGUGGAAAUUGUUCGCAAACCUUAUGUGGAAAACCUGUCUUCAAUGGCCCUAGCUACCCGCCUUGCCAAAUCGUUCUUCUUCGCCUUCCCCGACAACUGCCCGGAUCCGGAUGCUCUCCUCCGACUGUUCAUCCAUGAGUCGGCACGAGUCAUCGGUGAUGCAAUAGAUCCUAUUCACCGGGCGACAUUUGCACAACAGUUCGAGACCUUGAUAGAUGAGAAUUUUAACACAGCAUUUCAAGCGAUCCUCAAACACAUCGCUCAAAUCUCGGAAGAGGAAGAAGAGGAAGAAGGUGUCGAAAAGAGGAUGACUGCUUCACUUGACAUGUUUGAUUUGAUCUAUUCGGAAGUAGAUGCUCACGAUGUCGUCGAUGGGCUAGCUUAUGAACCAGUGGUGGAUAGAGUUCAAUUCCAAAGGAGCAUCGAGAACUUUCUCUUCGAGCAUCACAGAAACCACACAAAGGAUCGUGUCAGGCUAUUCGUUGAUUGGGAAACCAGCGGAUGGGUUCAGAGAGUGAUGAGAGUGAUCCGUCAAGCGUCGGAGCAUAUGGUGCUCACUGCUCCGCCGAAUAGUGGAAGGACUCAGGUAGUGAAGGCGGCAUGUGUAGCUUGCAAUGCAACGAUGAUGCACAUGCAAGUUGACGCUACCUGCUACGACACCUUCAUUUCAAGAUGGGAAUAUGCAUUGAGCCGCGCUAUAAACAUCAUCGCAAAUACGAAUCAGCAUGUCGUGAUCCUUGUUCACCUCGAUUUUUGUUACGAAAAGGUGGAGCCGAGAUGGAUGGAGCAGAUCAAGUUAUGGAUUGAGUGCCCGAAUACCCAGCAUUUGGUGUCUGAUGAACAACUUCACACAAUGGGUGAACAGUUAAUCGAGUGCGAAAAGAAUUUGGCUACACAAAUGCAAACUAUUGGAUUACGACUUCCGGGGCAACGAAUGUGCAAAUAUCUCCCUGUGGAGACCCUCAAGGAGCCACAGGCUUUGCGAAAAGUUUUAGAAGCACGGAUUUUCGAUGCACUUCAUGUCAUGUUUCUUGUGGAUCCGCAGUUUAAGACAGACUUCUCUUGGUGCACCAUUUUCCAUGUCCCGACAAUCGAAAAAUCAGAAUUACUAUCAAAAGUUUCAAAGAUAAUUUCGGAUUGCAAAGUUGACGAAGCUGCUCAGAUAAUAGUGUCCACUUUCUUUAUUGUAAAGAAGUAUCUUCAAUCAAUAGGAAUUGCAUUGUAUGGUACCGUAUUUAGUCAGCUGUUUGAAGUUGCUGAUUGCUUUCAAAUUGUGUUCAGGGAACAGAAAAAAGAACUAGUAGCAGAAGGCACACGGCUAAAUGAAGCCCUUCACACCUGCGAACAAAUUGAAAAACUCGCAGAAAUGGGGAAAGAGGUGGAUAUUGAGGCUGUGCAGCGGAGAAUUGUGGAGAAGGAGACCAUGUUGUCCAAGAUGAAUCGGGAGAGAAAUACCAAAGGCGCUCGAAUGGAGGUGCUCUCCGAGCUGGUUGCUGUAAAGGCUACCAAUCUGGAAACCAUGAGGGCCGAGGAAGCAGCGUUGAAAACUACGGUAGAAGCAAUGGUUUCGGCACCACAAGAAGAAUUCCGGAAGUGUGUAGAAGAGCUGCUCAAGUUCUCAAAUACAGACAUCAAAACUCUAUCGAAGAUCACAAAGCCUUCAGUGGGAAUACGUUUGUGCUGUGAGAUGCUUCGCACUAUUUUCGAGCCGAACUUCAAGCCAAAACGGCACGCGGCAGAAGCCUGGACGGAAUCCUUAAAAUUUGUGAGCGACAAGGCGUUUUUCAUCAAGCUGGCCACUUGUGACGCGGAUAUUUUGACGGUGGACCAGAUGAAGGUACUGAAGAAAUACGUGGAUCGAGCCGAGUUCAACGCAAACAAGAUCGAACACGAGUCGGUGGUGUGCGCGUGUCUUUGCCGAUGGAUCGGAGCGUUUUUGGAGUUGGCUUGCACACUUCGAGUAAUGGAAGAACAAGUCGAGGAGAGCAAGGAGCUCCGCGAGCACAUUCGACAAACCGAGGUGCGGUUCGAAAACGAGUCCAGCGAAAUGCAACAGUUGAAAAGCGAUGUGGAAAAGCUAACCGUCCUCAUUCGGGAAAACGAACAAGUUUUGGCAAAUGACCGUCGUUUGUGUGACUACCGCCUGAGAAGUGGUGACCUACUUGCCGCCUUGGAGCCACAUAGAAAACGUUGGAAGAGCCAGUUGAAGCAAAAUGAGAAAAAGCAGAAGGAGCUGGUUGGUAACACGUUGCUCUUCGCAAUUCAUCGAGCACAUUUGCUUUGUCAGGAGAAGGCGGUCACUUUGAUUUGUGUCUCUAUGUGCACUUCCCAUUUGACCUCGCAAAAUGUACAAUUCGAUUCCUCUAUGGCUUCCUCCUCAAACGUUAUCAAUCGGAUCCUCCGUACCCUCAAAUCCUCCCGUCGUUUCUGUCUUUUCCUGUCUACAACUGACUCACUGCUCCAAAACGUGCGCUCAGUGCUUCCCGGUGCCACAUAUCUCGACAUUAGUCCACCGCUAACGUGGAAGGAACCCCAAAUGGCCGUGUCACUUCAGAAACAUGUUUAUUCGAUUGUUCCGACUGUAUUCUACAAUUUGACAGAGGUGCCGCCUCCCGAGAUGUAUGAGAUUUUAAUGAAAAGUGAGGAGAAGGAGGUGUGCUAUCACAAUAAGCCUCUCGAGCUGCCCGAUGACAUUUUAUUCGUGUUUGUGGCCAAGAAUCUGGGGCAUAUACCUGAUCAGAUACGGAAAUUGAUGGAAGUAAUUGUGGUUUCAAUCCCAUUGGAACCUAUCGAAGACAGAGAGAAAAUUGAGAGAAACGAGCUAUCAAGCCUUCUUGGCGAGUUCACCGCCGCCGACAUUCUCGAAUCUCGUGAUUUGACUAGAAAAGCCAUGCAAAUUGCGUCGGCCUUUUGACAUUUUUCGGAAGUUUUUGAAAAUUCAAUAAAUUCAAAUAUUUGUACUUUCGAGCACAAUAAAAAUUGAUCAGCUUU